UCUCAUAGAGCUGCAGGUUUCAUCCAUGUGGCUCUACCUGGCUGCCCUGCUGGGGCUUUACUUCCUUCGCCGAUGGUACCAGGAGAGACAGACGGUGGAGAACCUGACGGAGAAAUAUGUCUUCAUCACGGGGUGUGACUCUGGCUUUGGGAACCUACUUGCCAGGCAGCUGGAUGCCCGGGGCCUGCGGGUGCUGGCAGCCUGUCUCACGCAGAAGGGGGCAGAGCAGCUGGAAAAGGCCACCUCAGAGCGCUUGAAAACCACCGUUCUGGAUGUCACCAGUACAGAGAGUGUGGCGGCAGCGACGGAGUGGGCGAAAGGGUGCAUUGGGAACAAAGGACUCUGGGGCUUGGUGAACAAUGCCGGCACAGCUCUACCAUCAGGUCACAACGAAUGGCUGACCAAGGAUGACUUUGCAAAGGUGAUCAAUGUCAACCUUCUUGGGAUGAUUGAUGUGACGCUACACAUGCUGCCCCUGGUGAAGAGAGCAAGAGGGAGGGUGGUCAACGUGUGCAGUUCGAUGGGACGACUGGCCUGCAUGGGAGGUGGUUACUGCCCAUCAAAGUUCGGUGCGGAAGCCUUCUCUGACAGCCUGAGGAGAGAGCUCCAUCCUUUUGGAGUCCGAGUCAGCAUAAUUGAACCUGGUGGUUUCAAAACACCUAUUUGCACAAAACUGGUAGAGAAUUUUCAGAAUGUAUGGAGCCAGGUACCUUCCGACACCAGAGACUCUUAUGGGCAGCAGUACUUUGAACAAUUUUGCAAAUUGUCCCAACAACUCAUGGAUGAUUGCAGCGACAAUCUUCACCUGGUCACCGAUUGCUUAGAACAUGCCCUGACAUCCUGCUCCCCUCGUACUCGCUACUCUCCAGGCUGGGAUGCAAAGCUCUUCUACCUUCCUGUCUCUUACUUGCCAACCACCAUUGCAGACUAUGUGUUGACCCGCUCUGGGCCCAAACCAGCACAAGCCGUGUAGAUGAUUGUGAAGAACAACAUUACAGGUGGCCAAACAAUCUAUGGCUGGAACAACUGAAUCUUUUAGGAUCCUAUUCAGAUGCAAGCUUAGUAAUCAGGAGCUGUAAAGAGGAGUGGUUUUAUUUUUCUUUGAUUCUCUACUAUUGGCUGAUCUAGGAAUAAGCCCCAUUGAACUCAGUGCAACUUACUGUAAGUCUGAGUGGACAUGCAUUGUAUCCAUAUAGUUCCUUGGAGUGGGGGGAAAAUGUGCUGCCCACAAACCAACUGGAAUGAAUGCUCAAGUAAAGAUGGUUAUAAUCUAAACUAUGUGUAAGCUUUGUGCAGGUAAAUAGGUCAUCUGGAGGCCAACAGCAAGUCCCAACAUCCC